CUAGCUCGUCACGUGAUAAUAUGGUUUGGGAUGGUCGUGUUGUCCUGACCAUGGAUCUGCUCUCCAAGGUCGUUGGCAAGGAGCGGCGUGUUUGAGGCUGCAUCUGUAACGUGUUUGGAAGGAUUUCACCAGUUGAGUCGUUUGGGUUUCUUUUCAUAUGGUGAUUAAACUAACAUGGGUAAAAAUAUGUUCAGACAUUGUACACAUAGGGUUUUCGUUUUCCAACAGGUUGACGCCAACCUUUUAGCAAUCUCCACAAUGGAACAAAAUAAAGAAAUACUUCUUACUGAAAUCAGGAGCCGAAUAAGUAAGUUAUUCUAGAAUUAUCUCCUAAUGAAAUAGUUGUUUUUUUCAUGUCUCAUUCCUUUUAUUUAGUAUAUAUUUAAAUAUAUUUCACCUCAUAAUCAAGCUCAAAGAUAUGAAAACAAAAAGCGAAUGUCUUUUCGAACAGUAAAAUAGCAUGUACGAUGAUAGACGACCCGCUCAUUCCUCUACGAGGAUAGUAAUUGGGUUUAGAGGUAUUACUACAGGCUUUGUUGAUAUUUUUUAGUAUAUCUAAAUUUUCUGAAUAAACAUUUGGUUUUGGCACCUUUGACCGCUUCGAGAACAAAAUGGUUUAGAAAAUAAGUUGAUCUAACCCUCUAUGGUUUCACUACUAUUAUGGUGUUAACUUGUAAGAUCGCGUAGUGGAUUGCUUAUUUAGGCUUCAUUUUCUACACAAUGGGUAAAAAUGAAUGACAUUAAUCAUCUCUAGAAAUGUGACUUCUAAGGUGCAGUAUUCCGCAUUCCACUGACAAGGAAAACUUUCAAUCUAGUAAAGUUUCCGUAUUCAUUGGUCUUAUGUAUCUACUGGUGACAGGUGAAAGACCAAGGUCACCGUUUUCUUAGUUUCAGUUAAGUGCUUAUAUGUCGAUCGAUAAUAGGUUGAAAUUAAUGUUCGUGAAAGUUGUUUAUUUCCAUUGGGUUCGUUUAUUACUUUAAGCUACUUUUACUAAUUCUAGAAAUAUCACUUUGAACAUGGUUCCAACCUUGGUUAAAAGCUGAGUGUUCAAAUUACCAAUCAGCAACUCUGGGACGCAUGUAGUGAUUUCUGAACAUUUGGAGUUCUACUUAGAAAAUAUAGAUUUCAUCAAUGGCUGUUCAUCAAGUGACUGUCAUUCACAUCAAUGUCUGUUUGUGAUCGCUGACUUAUUUAGUUUAAGUUGACUGUUUAUGAGUACAGUUUCGAAAGAAGACUUGUGCUGUUCCGACUGUAUACAAAAUUCCAUUAAUAAUACGUACAGUUGUAUAAAAAAUAUGACUUGAAAUCGGAUCUCGAAAGUACAUAAUACAUAAUAGUUUGGUUCACGAUUAUUUCUAUUCUGCUGGUUACUUUUAUUAUACUUUGAUUUUUCACAUUUAUCCAUACUAUUGGUCUAUAAUUGUAUAUUUUUGUUUUCUGUAUGUAUUAUAUGUUACGAUUACAAAAGCGAAAGUCCACUAGUUAGUCUGUGAUUUUGAUCCUCAUUACUCUUGACUAACUGAAAAGUAACUUGAACUUAUUUGAUUGAAUCUCUCAUUGAUAAAUAAGUAAAUGGGUAGGGAUUUUGUUUUAUGUAAUCUAUUCAAUUUAUCAGUCCAGCCACUCAUUACAGCCACUUUAACUAAACGAGUAGGUCGUCAAACGAGAUAUAGAUGGUUGUACCCUAAGUAUGAUCUUACACUUCUUACUCUUUAUUGUGCCUUUAGUUUACUCCUUGGUUGGUUAUUCAUAAUUGAUUUUAGUUAUCUGAAAGGAUAUCUAGAAUCUAUGAAGUUCUUAUCUUUGAUAGGUAGUUUUUGGUUUCUGUCUGUUUGGUUGAAAACUUCAUUCAUCCUGUUUUGCUUCGAUAGAUGAAAUGAAUUCACGCACAUUAUAUUUACGUAAAUUACCACGAAAUACAAGUCUUUCUCAGCUGAAAGCAUUGUGUCGUAGUUCAGCAAAUGGUCGGUUGCUAAAUCCGUCUCGUCACUUAAAACAUAGGUAAUUCUUCUCUUUAGAGUAUCGCAUAUUAUACUACAUUUCUAUAUCGUUAUGUUUCUUUUGAUUUUUUUUCACAUACUUUAUCUCGUGGUAGUUUCAUUAAUUAACCGAAUUAACCCGGUGUCAUUGGAAAAGAAUUCGCAAUGAUUCAGCAAAGAAAAUUUUUCGACGGUAUUAACUGAAGCUGUAUAAUCGUAUUUUUAGUGACUUAACAGAUAUAUUAGUCUUUUGAAAGAUAAGAAAAGGAUUCCACCACAAAUUACCUGGGGAUUUCAUACAUCACAAGGAGGUUGUGUAAUGGUGUAGAGGUUAAAGAAAAAUCGUGAGGUGGAAAUAGUUUAUAGACCAGCAAUACGAGAGUUGAGUUGACCGUUUUACAGGAAUAAUAACAAAUGGACAAUAAUUCCGAAAAUCUAGAAAAGAAUGAUAACGACUGAUCACUUACUAAAAACAAAGAAAACACCGAAGAGUGCUAACGGCACAUAAGAAUAAGAUAUUUCACGUGAUGCUUUAGCACUCAUAGUUCGGGCUUAAACUGCUUGUUUGUAGUGUGCACGUUUUUUCCUCAUGCUUCUUUUGAUCUCACUUAUCUGACUUUGCAGAUUAUUUUGACAUACAAUUCUGGUGGGUCAAUUCCAGUCAAUCAUGGGCAACGUAGAGACUGAUAAGCAAGUGCAUUGCUCGAAGUUGCUACACCACGUUAGCACAGUGAGGUAAAGUUGUUUUGACCAAUACCAGACUAGUAGGAGCAGUAACACCAUCAGUAGUAGUGGAAAAAAUUAGAUAUAAGAAAAGAAAAAAACGGCACAGGCGAUUUCGGGAUCCAGAUUCUAAAAAAGUAAAGAUGAAUCCACCUGCAACAUUGUUAGGAAGUGCCCUGAUUUGAUUAGAUGUUCUUGUAUUCAGUUGUUGAUUGUUUUGCAACUUCCUCUUAAGAGUCUACUGGGUAAUGUUCUGACAUGCAUGCGUUUAGAAUAGAUUUGUUCCGGAAUAAAACUCUAAAUGGGUGCACACUUUAUUUCGACUAGUCUUAGCCAUCUAAGUUGUACAUUUGUGAUGGCAUACUGAUAUGCUAACUUUUUAUUGCAUCUUCAAAUCGACAAUCGCAUAUUAACUGUUUGCUGUCGGUUUUAAGAAGUUAAUUAGAGCUUACUUAAAGUUUUAGUGUAGUUCUGCUAGUUCUCUCUGAUGCCAGGAGAUAUUUCACCCAUCAAUUAGUCACCGUCAACCACACUUUUUACUUUUUUAGUGGGUCAGUCUUUAUGGUAAUUGGUCAUUCUCUGAUACGUAUGGUUUUGGUUUUAAGAGUGUAAAUAGGCUUUAUUGAUGGAUCGCCAGCUGUAUUUCAGUCCUUAUGCAAUAGUUUUCGAUUAAUCUUUCUGUAAAGUCACCAACAAUCCUCAAAGAUUUUUAUCCUGGAGGCUAAAUCUAAUGAAUUAAUGUCGUACAAAGUUGUGUAAAUUCUUUUAGCCAAUACUGUAAUCUAACCAUUGACUUCUUGAUUUGGUAGAUUAGCGCUUAUGGAGUAUAAUUCACCUGAAGCAGCAUUGUCUAGUCUUAAGUCAUUGGGUGACAAAUUCUUUGGAGAUAUUCCUAUUACUGUUGAGUUAUGUUCUGAGCGCUGUAAAUCUCUGUCUAAUAGUUGGAGGCCACCACAGUCAUAUGAAUUGAAUGAAUUUAAUUUGAAUAAACUGUAUGUAGCAGGUAUCAAUCGUCGAUCAACUGAACAGGAAAUUCGGGACCUAUUUCCUAACGCUGAGUCUUUUGACUUCAUUGUACAUGAAGGUGCUUUGUGGCAUUGUCGUGUUAUAUUUACCAAUCAAAAAGACGCCCUUGAAGCAUUCAAUACACGACAUGGAGUUGUCCUCCAUGAUACGCCAAUUAACUUAAACUUUGACCUAAGGAGUCGUAAAUCUUCACUUUUAGUUCGUGCACCAAUCGUUUCAACAAUUACUGAUCCAAAGGUUCUGUCAAACGAAAAGCCGAAGCUGAAAAGCAGAAAAAGUAGUUCCCAUUUAAAUCAGCAACAAAGUCGGGGGAAUAAAUCUCUAACUGAAUCACCGAGUGGUCCUGUUAAGAAUUCAAACCUUGAAGCAAAUAAAAGCAAAAGAAAAAAAAACAAAAAUGAGAGUGCCUCCAGUAAUUCAGUCCCGUUUUCUUUGGCUACUAACCAUGGACAUCAAGUUUCUAAACCACUACCGAAAAAGCGAAAGUUGGUGUAGUACGGGAACACUUAUGCGUUUACUAACUUUAGCUUGAAGUUUAAUGAAUAAAAUAAUUUUUUUCAACUAC